CGGGCGCGCGUAGAAUAGUGAAUGAAGUGGCAUGCGCGAGGCAGGUUUCUCCUCGCGGGCCGUCCUCUCCUUCUCUGCCAGAGAAUAUCCACGAAGCACGCUGUGUACGCAGAAUAAUUUCGAGUCCUAGACUAGCAACACUCUGCCAGCACGAGGACCUUGAAGUCCUGCUCCGCCCGUCUUUCGUUAUCAUUGGGUAUUCAUACUAGCCCGUCAUGUUUGGCCCCCAACUUUCAUCCUGGCUGCUCGCUGCAAGCCUCCUGCAGCCCACCAUCGUGGCUGGCGCGGCCGUCGGCACAACAACUCCCUCCACCACCACCAUCACCCCCGGAAAUCACCACCAAGACAAUGUCAAAAGAACUACGGCCGGCUGCGGAAAGACUCACUACUUCAACGGCCUGACGCACUUCCACAGCCUCACCAGCAGCGGCCGCGAGCGGAAAUACUCGAUCCAGCUACCUGGCAGCUAUGACAAGGAUGCCGCGUACCCGGUGGUGCUGGGGUUCCACGGAUCCGAGAGCAUCGGGACGUGGUUCGAGCUGGAUACCAAGAUGAGCGAGGAUCGGUUCAGUGCCGGGAAGAUCAUGGUAUACCCCGACGGCGUCGAUGGCUCAUGGGCAGGCGCCAGCUACUCGGCCGUCUCUGUCGAUGAGGACCUUCAGUUCGUCUCAGACCUACUCGAUACCCUGCGAGCCGAGUACUGCAUCGACGACAGCCGGAUCUAUGCCACUGGCAUGUCCAACGGCGCCGGCUUCGUAAACAUCCUAGCCUGCUCCCCUCGCCUCUCCGCGCACUUUGCCGCGUUCGCUCCCCACUCGGGCGCGUACUAUUACCUCCCUUCCGGUAGUGGUGCGUCUUCUUCUCCGCCGCCGGCAGUGGCACAGUGUCAACCAGCACGCACCCCGCUCCCGAUCCUCUCCUUCCACGGCGGCGCCGACACGAGCGUCCCCUACGCCGGCGGGACCGGGUCGGGAGGCGAGUUGCCCCCGCUGACGGACUGGCUUGCCGACUGGGCGGAGCGGAACGGCUGCGGGGCAGAGACCGUGGAGGAUGGGUUCGGCGGGGAUGUGCAUCACCAUCGAUGGUCGUCUUGCGGUGCGUCGGGGGGUGGAGGAGGAGGAGGAGGAGGGAGAGGAGGAGCAGGGGGUGACGAUCAGGUGGUGAUGAUGGAGCACUACAAGAUCGACAGCAUGGGACACUGCUGGGCGUCGACCGAGAUCAACUUUUCGCAGAUCGCGGCCGGGCAGUGGCCGACGCACAUUGACGCGAGCUCCAUCAUCAUGGCGUUCUUUGACCGGUUCCAGAAGCCGUAGGGCCGUGGUGAGCGAGGACUGCUGGUUACCCUUUUCACCAAUAUUUGUAUGUAUGGUUGUCUCUGCCUCGAGAUCGUCCUUAACGAGGUUGUUCAGUUUUUCAUGUCCGUAAUUCUACAC